AUGACAGAGAAACCCAAAAGUAAAUAAGAAUCUGCUGAAGUGAUAUGUAAUUUAGAAAAUAUUUAAGAUUGCUAUAUAGAAUAGAAAUAUCUGAUUGAAGGUUAGCAAAGAGAGCUUUAAGAAGUGCGACUUGAGAAUGAGAAAUUGAGAGAAAAAAUCUAGGAACUCGAAAAAUGGAUAGUUUUAUUGCUUAACAAUUUUUACUCUGGCAACCCUUAAAACCUAGAUGCUAUUAAAAACGGUUUCGAGGUCAUUGAUGAAAUGAGAAAUCAGAUUUUUCUAAUGAAAAAAACUAUUCUUUUUGACAGAAAAAAGUAUCAAGACCUUCAAGAAGAUUACAUGAAUCAGAAAAAGAAAAUGAAAGAGAGAGAAGAAGAUAUGAAGAAAAUGGAUGUGGGUGAGCUAAUUCUUCAAAGACAGGCUUUAGAAGAGAAUUUGAGAUAUCUCUCUGAAGAAGUAGAGGCGCUUUCGCAGAAGAAUUAGAGAUUGCUUAAGGAUUUGAAAGUAAAGGAUUUCUAUUAAUCUUACAAUUAGAUUAGUGAUGAGCUAAAGAGAGCUCAUUCAAUCUUGAUAUCUACUCUUCAGCCAGAUGGUAAAUUACCUAAAAAAUCAAUUAGAGACUAGAAAAGCCCUCUAAGUAAUCCAAAUGACCAAGCAUACAUUUCUCAAAGCAACUAGAUUUCCUAUAGAACUCCAAGUGCCCAUCAUCACACUUAGUCUUAGAAUGACUCCAAACUUGACUCUUUGUUUAGUUUUAUUUCCUGCUAAGGUUGUGGAGUUGGUGAUAAAGGAAAUGCGGGUGUAAAUUACAAUUCAAAUUUCGCAAUAAACUAGCCUUUGUUUUUUGACAAUGCCCGCUCUUCAUACUAUAAUGGAGAUAGAAAUCUGAACAAGGGAAACUUAGAGUUGAGGAAUUUUGAUGACUCAAGUCAACAGUCUAUUAACUUUUUACUUCAAAAGAGCCCUGCGAACUAAUCUAGAAGCAGAGGUAAAAACUCUACCCAUAUAUAACUAUAGAACAGUAUGAAUAAAUAGCAACAUUUAUGA